UUUUUUUUUAAAAAAAAAAAAGAAAAAGGAAAGGAAAAAGGAAGAUUAAAGUUCCUUACAAAGAGGAAAUGAUUCGAUGUUUAACAGUAAAGUGCACAGCCCAGGCCAAAUUUGAAGAGUAUCAAAGCCUAGCACCAUGCUGAAUAAAUUUGGCACAAGAUGACAUUGUGGUGAUCGGUAUUUGGGGCGAAUAACACCUAUCUCCGUGCAUGUUCCGGGGCCACUCCGACCAGCAUCAGCAAGUCCGAAAUAUUUCGGGGGCUUCUGAUCGAAAAAUGCAUUGGAUCCCGAAAUUCUUCGGAAUAACCAGAGAAGGCUGACUUCGAUGACUGUUGGAGGAAGUACGGUUGUUAACCCCGAGUUGCUUAUUGAAGUUGAUAAUUUUCACAGUCAGUCAUCCCCCGCCAGAGGCCGGGGUGAUGACGUCUUCAUUGCUCCCCUCCGCCGACAUUAUAUAAGGACUUCUUGCACCCGCUGCCCUGGACCAAAUCCCAUUGAAUUGAGAUCCCAUCGACAACGACGAAUACUGUUUCGCAGUCGGUCAUCCAUCAAAAUGUCUCAAACUGUCAAGUCUGUCGCUGUUCCGGGCAUCGCCUGGGAGAUCGCCGCCAAUAUCCACUUGCCGCCCAAGUUUGACAGCAAGAAGAAGUACCCUGCCGUGGUUUCGGCCCACCCAAUCGGUUCGUGCAAGGAGCAAACCUCAGGAAACGUGUAUGGCAAGGCUAUGGCCGAGGCCGGAUUUGUGGUUGUGGCCUUUGACGCCUCAUUCCAGGGCGCUUCGGGCGGAACGCCGCGCUUUGUCGAGAACCCCGAGUUCCGUGUUUCUGACUUCCGCUACAUUGUCGACUACAUCCAGACACUCCCAUACGUGGACCCGGAGCGUAUCGGUGUCUUGGGAAUCUGCGGUGGCGGUGGCUACGCUUUCCACGCCUCGAUGACGGACUACCGGUUCAAAUGCUGCGUGGGUGUCACCCCGGGCAACUUCGGCCGUCUCGCCCGCGAGUCUUUUGGCGAAUACGACCCAGCUGGCUCUCUCGAAAAAAUGGCCAAACAGCGCACCUUGGAGGCUCAAGGUGCCGAUCGCUUCGUGGUUAACUACCUCCCUUUCGCAAAUGUGGCUGAGGCCGAAAAGGCCACUACUGAUAUUGACUUGGUGGAAGCAACGGAAUACUACAAGACCGAGCGGGGUCAAGCCGAGUUUGGCUGCACCAGCGGACUGUUCUCUUUCAAUAGCGCUGCGGUCUCUUGGGAUGCCUUUGCAUAUGCCGAGAAGCUGAUGACUCGUCCUUUCUUGGCUGUCGUUGGCGAUCGAGUCGGGGCUUUUGGCGCGUACCGGGAUGCUAACGAGAUUUACGCCCGUGCUGCCUCGAAGGAAAAGAAGCUGGUUGUGCUCCCUGGCGUUUCUCACUACAUGUUGUACGAUAAGCCCGAGGCUGUAAAACCCGCCCUCGAUGAAAUCUUGCCAUUCCUAAAGCAGCACCUAGGGGAGGCCGCAUGAAUGUGCAUAAAUACUGCGCGAAUUGUGGCGAAAAUAUCUUUGCAAAGGGCAGGUGUUGCCGUACG